AAUUCCUAUUUUACCCCUUACACAAAAUGAAAUAAGGAAAUGAAAAUUAAAUAUCUUUCUACACCCAUUCAACCAAGAUAGCACCCACAUGCAGCUCCACCACACAACCACCACUCCAGACCUUCUCUCUUCUUCUGCAUAUCAAAAAAAAAAAAAAAAAAAUAGUCGGGAGCGAGACAAACCCAACAAAGACAAGGAGGAGCCCGCCGGAAGGAGAGAGAACAGUCGGGAAAUAGGUUUGAUGAGUCUUUGUUUUUCCAGUUUAUUUAUGCUUAUUGUUUAUGAUGGUAAACUAGAGAGUUUAGGUAACAAAAUAUUAAAGUUGGGUUUAAAAAUAAAAAAACUGGAUCCAGAUAAAAUUUCUCUUUUGUAAAUGGAAUUCACAAUGUCUUCAUAUUUUACAUGUGGAAACUAUAGAAAAACAAAGGUAUAUUAGAAUACCUUAUUUGGUUAAAGGAAUGAAAAGAUCUUCUCCGUUUAUCGUUCAUCGUGCGGUCAUAAAUUAUUUUAAAUACCAACCUCUCAUCCAUUCAUCAUCAUCACCAACGCAAGUACCAGCCUUCGAAGCCAGAAUCUUGAGGAAUUAUGCUUCCGCAAUUAACCACUAGGCUAAGAAGAAGGGCGGUGCAAAUGCAUGCCCAAAAAUGAACUUAGUCCUCACAAAUUGAGUUUGGGCCCAGCCAAUUUUUGCUCUAUUUGUAUAUCAUUUUUAAUUUGACAUUUGUAGCUACAUUUGGUGAAUAAGUUUCCCUAUGCAUAUCUAUAUGUGAUAAAAAAAAAAAAAAAAAACAAAAACAAAAACAAAAAUCUCAUACGCUUUUGUUCUGCUUUUUAAAUUAUUUGAAAUACAAAGAUUAUAAAUUUUAACUACUAUUUAUUUGUUGAGUGCAGCAUCACUAUGAGCUCUCCAACCUCGAUUCCAACCAAAUGAAGUGCAUCCAUGACCUUUGCUCUAGUAGGUUCACUCAAUGGAAGAGUGACCUCCACAAGCAUUAUGAGCCAUAUGACGGUCCCGAGGUCGCUCUAGAAGUUGGGUGCCUUAUAGAGUUGCUGGACCGUCGGGAUGAAAAGGAGUGGCUCUGCGGCCAUUUUCAAGACGAGAAAUAUUUGAAAAAAGUGAAGGCAAACUCAAUCAAUCGGUUGAAAAAGAAACUUCUUCACCGAUCCGGGUCACGACGCUUCUCUUAUAGGAGGUCAAAGUUUCCUGAAAUUGACAUUUUCAAGGAGGUGUACGUUCGGCCCAGGGAUGAGCUGACGGAAAACCUUCAUUCCACCAUGGUGGAGAAAGGCCAGAUAGUUCUGGAGGAGGUGGCUUCCUAGCUUCCCCUAGAGACCCCAAUGGAGGAGGUGUUUUCCCCUGAGGAUGCUCGAUUUCAGAUCAUGACCGACACACUUGAUCAGACCCUCGGUCAUCGGCAUGAGAAUGUUCACCUAGGGCUUGGGAAAGCCCACCUUUAGGACCCAUCCGCCUCAUCCUCCAGGCAAAGAACUGAACAAGUCAAAACACUGACAUUUGAAGUGGCGGGCUUGAAGGAGCAGAUUGCAGCCUAGUAGUCUUAGAUUGCGGCCCAAAAUAAUUGGAUGAACCAAAUACGUCGCACACUUCAGAUCUCUGGCAUUCAAUUCCCCAACGUUGAACUAGCUCCAAAAACGACCUCUCAGCCCUCUGCCAUAGCAGCUACGACCUCCUAACCCCCUAACACAGCAACAAUACCACCAACCGGCGAUUGUGACGUCGUAGACUUCUUUUUUUAGUUUUGUUUUAAAUUGUUUUCAAAUUUAAAAAUACAU